AUGGAGAAAACCAUCAGACACACUCCAAUAUUUGCUGAAGACGCAAGUGAGAAGGUAGAUAAAGGAGGGUUGUGUUUGGAGGAUCACAUUAAUGGACUUCCUGAUGUUGUCCUUGUUUCAAUAUUGUCACUCUUGACAAUGAAAGAAGCUGCAAGAACUAGUGUGCUUUCAAAGAAAUGGAGGUAUUUGUGGACUCACAUUACUGUUUUGCACUUUGAUGCCCCACAUCUUAUAGAUGGAAUUCUACUGGAAGAUAAGGAACUUAAAGUAGAAAGACUUUUGUAUUUGAGUUGGGUUAAUCAAGUCUUGAAAUCGAACAACAGUCCAAGUGUGGAUGAAUUUAGAGUUCAUUUUGAUCUUGAUGAAAGUUGUAGCCUUGAUAUUGACAAUUGGGUUAACUUUGCAAUAGAAAAGAGAGUUAAAAGGCUCGAGUUAGAAUUGUCAGAAAUUUGGAGAACCUCGGAGGGUUACAGUUUUCCAGACACGGGCUAUAUUACAAGUCACCUGCACUCAUUGUCUCUUGGGUUUACUUGCUGGAACUCCCUAACCGAUCUCCGGCUGGCACAUGUGAAUAUAACUGGACAAGUUCUUGAGUACUUCUUAAGUAACUGUACAUUUUUGGAACAAUUGUCUGUGCAAAACUCUGACCUUCUGGUAAAUUUGAAAGUUCCUAAUACAUCGCUGAAAUUGAAGCGAUUGGAGAUUAUUUACUGCUUCGAUGUGGAAAAUAUUGAGAUUUUUGCAAUGAAUCUCAUGUCAUUUAAAUACUUCGGACCAAAAAUAAACCAGCCAUUUAAGAAUGUCCCGUGGCCUGUUGAAAUGUAUAUCGGGGGUGAAUAUAGCAAAGAACUACUUUAUAACUUUUUGGAAUUUUCAAGCUAUCUCUCUCAGCUAGAGAGCCUUACAUUGGAUGUUACGAUGAUGCACUUGAUCUCCAUCCAUGACUUUUUUAUUAUCGACGAGUUUCCAAAAUUUCCUGUAUUUCAUAAGCUCAAGCAACUGAAGUUGAAAAUUGAUGAUUCUUAUGAUGAAAGCCUUGUUAUUUUUACUCCCCUAAUAGAGGCGUGUCCUUUCUUGUGUAAAUUUGUGUUGGAGCUUACAUGGAUCGGCUCCAAUGUGCAUAGAAAAUGGCAAGGGGUUAAAUUUUGGCCCCAUCAGUACCUUAAGGAGGUGGAAUUUAUUGGGUUCGUUGGGCAGAUGAUUGAUACUGAGCUUGCCAUGUAUUUAAUUAAGGGUGCUGUCAAGCUUGAGAAGAUUACUUUUGAUUCUCGCAAUCCAUCUCUUAUAGGAACCCCAUGGGAGUUUAUGGAGACCAAGCGGAGAAAAAAAGCCAGAAAACGUGCCGAGAAGUUUCGAACCAAACUUCCUGCUAAAGUAGCUUUGGUUAUCCUAUAA